AUGGCGCGCAAGAUUUUGUGUGUGGCGGAGAAGCCGGCCAUUGCGCGUGCAGUGGCCACGCAUAUGUCCGGAGGGUCUUUUCAGACUCACGCAAUCCGCGGCAAUCAAUAUGUCAAGAACUAUGAGUUUGAUUUUAAUUUUGGUGACCCCUGGGGACACUGCUCCGUCACCAUGACCAGUGUGAUUGGCCACCUCACGGGCUUGGAUUUUGAACGACAGUACAAGGGCUGGCAGUCAUGCCCGCCCUCUGUAUUAUUUGAAGCUCCAGUCAAUGAGGAUGUUGAUAAGGACAAGCUGCCAAUUGCAGAAAAUAUUCGAAACCAAGCCAGAUACAGCAAAGCCCUAUUCAUCUGGACCGAUUGUGAUCGUGAAGGAGAGCACAUCGGUAGCGAAGUCCGCAAUCAAGCCAAAAGUGGAAACGCACGCAUCGAGGUCAAGCGAGCCAAGUUCAGCAAUACAGAGAGAGCUCACGUUCUCCGUGCUGCUCGGGAGCCAGUAGAUCUUGAUGAAUAUCAAGCCAAUGCCGUGUCAGCGAGAAUCGAGCUUGAUCUCCGUAUUGGAGCGGCGUUCACUCGGUUACAGACCCUUCAACUUCAAGCUGUAGCGUCAGUUUUGAAAGAGAAAGUCAUCAGCUACGGUUCGUGUCAAUUUCCUACAUUGGGGUUCGUAGUCGAUCGGUAUCUACGGGUACAGAACUUCAAACCCGAGACCUUCUGGGGCAUCAAAGUCAUGCUCCAACGUGAAGGCAAGAAAGUCAAUUUCCUCUGGAAACGUGUUCAUCUCUUCGAUCGAGCAGUUGUGACGAUGAUGUUAGAGCGCUGUUUGGCCGCAAAGGAGGCCAAGGUCACAAAAGUGGCCCAGAAGCCCAAAAGCAAGUGGCGGCCUUUGCCCUUGACAACCGUGGACCUUCAAAUGAUGGGCAGUCGAUACCUUCGCAUUGACAGUCAAACGAUCAUGAAAGUGGCCGAGAGCCUCUAUACCAAGGGAUUCAUCAGCUAUCCAAGAACGGAAACUGACCAGUUUGACAAGGCCAUUGACCUGAAGAAAUUAGUUGAAAAGCAGUUCCCGGAUACCGAAUGGGGUCAAUAUGCUCGAGACCUCAUCGAUGGGAAAUUCAGAACGCCCCGGUCCGGUCGUCAUAACGACAAGGCUCAUCCCCCUAUCCAUCCAGUAAGCUGGGUCUCAUCGAGCUCGCUCAAUGCCAACGAGAAAAAAGUGUAUGAGUUUGUGACCCGGCGGUUCCUCGCUUGUUGUUCCGACGACGCAAAAGGUCAAAGCACAGAUAUUGAGAUCAUGUAUGGAGAUGAAUCCUUCCACGCCAAUGGUCUGCUUGUUCUGGAAAGGAACUAUCUCGAUGUUUACGUCUAUGAUAAAUGGGAGAGCAGUCAACAGCUACCCAAAUUUGAGUACGGAGAAAGAUUUGUGCCCACCGAAGCGAACAUUUUCGAAGGCAAAACCACAGCGCCAAACUACUUGACAGAACCAGAGCUCAUCGGGUUGAUGGAUGCAAAUGGCAUUGGUACCGAUGCAACAAUGGCAGAGCAUAUUGCCAAGGUCAAAGAACGUGAAUACGUCGUAGUGAACAAGCGAGGAAGUGGUCGUACCUCGGUUGAAGAGCUCAUUCCGACUCGCCUGGGCGUCGCCCUGGUUGAGGGGUACGAUAAUGUUGUUGCAGGCCUUCCGAACAGUAUCUCGCUUAGCAAGCCAUUUCUACGGAAGGAAAUGGAGUUGCGAAUGCUUGAGGUCUGUGCAGGCACAAAGACCAAAUCGGAAGUCGUACAGCAGAGUCUUGAUAUGUACCGGGAGGUCUUUAUUCAUACCCAGAGACGCAUUGAGAUGUUGAAGGCUGCUUGUCGGAAAUAUCUCGUCGACUAA